AUGGACAAGCUGCCCCCCUCCAUGCGCAAGAGGCUCUACAGCCUGCCCCAGCAGAUCGGACCCAAGGCGUCGAUCAUGGACGAGGAGGAUGACAGCGACAAGGACACCCGCAGGAAAAGCAUCAGGCUCAAACCACUGCCUUCGCCCUCUGCUGGGAGCACCCGGGCCCUCGGGGGGGACCCCGGCCGAGGCGGGGACCCCGGCCUGCUGGAGACGGAGGCCGGCGGCAAGGGCGCCAAGACCAGCACCAACGGGGACUGCCGCCGCUUCAAAGGGAGCCUGUCCUCGCUCACCAGCAGGCACCUCCACGACUCGGCCGAGGAGAAGCGGCUCAUCGGCGGCGAGGGGGAGCCGGCCUCUCCCGGGGAGGACAAGAGCCCCCCCGGCAGCGGGGAGCUGGAGCAGGGGCUGCCUGUGCCCCCAGCGCCCGCCUCCCCCCCGGAGCCCCAGCAGCCGCCCCCCCGGGCCUGCUCCUCGACCUCCAUCAAAGUGGAGGGAGGUGGAGGGUGCGACCAGAUCACCCCAGAUGAGGAGCAGAGGCUCGGCCAGGCCGGUUUCAUGCAGAGGCAGUUCGGGGCCAUGCUCCAGCCGGGGGUCAACAAAUUCUCCUUGAGGAUGUUUGGGAGCCAGAAGGCCGUGGAGAGGGAGCAGGAAAGAGUUAAGUCUGCCGGGUUCUGGAUCAUCCAUCCCUACAGCGACUUCAGGUUUUACUGGGAUCUGACCAUGCUGCUGCUGAUGGUAGGGAACCUGAUCAUCAUCCCUGUGGGCAUCACUUUCUUCAAGGAUGAAAACACCACCCCGUGGAUUGUCUUCAACGUGGUUUCGGACACGUUCUUCCUCAUCGACCUUGUCCUCAACUUCCGGACAGGCAUCGUGGUGGAGGACAACACCGAGAUCAUCCUGGACCCACAGAGGAUCAAGAUGAAGUACCUGAAGAGCUGGUUUGUGGUGGAUUUUAUCUCCUCCAUCCCCGUGGACUACAUCUUCCUGAUCGUGGAGACGCGCAUCGACUCCGAGGUGUACAAGACGGCGCGGGCCCUGCGCAUCGUGCGCUUCACCAAGAUCCUGAGCCUGCUGCGGCUGCUGCGCCUCUCCCGCCUCAUCCGCUACAUCCACCAGUGGGAGGAGAUCUUCCACAUGACCUACGACCUGGCCAGCGCCGUGGUGAGGAUCGUCAACCUCAUCGGCAUGAUGCUGCUGCUGUGCCACUGGGACGGCUGCCUGCAGUUCCUGGUGCCCAUGCUGCAGGACUUCCCUGACGACUGCUGGGUGUCCCUCAACCGCAUGGUGAACGACUCGUGGGGGAAGCAGUACUCGUACGCCCUGUUCAAGGCCAUGAGCCACAUGCUGUGCAUCGGCUACGGGCAGCAGGCACCCGUGGGCAUGUCGGACGUGUGGCUCACCAUGCUCAGCAUGAUCGUGGGGGCCACCUGCUACGCCAUGUUCAUCGGCCACGCCACCGCCCUCAUCCAGUCCCUGGACUCCUCACGCCGCCAGUACCAGGAGAAGUACAAACAGGUGGAGCAGUACAUGUCCUUCCACAAGCUGCCCGCCGACAUGCGGCAGCGCAUCCACGACUACUACGAGCACCGCUACCAGGGCAAGAUGUUUGAUGAGGAGAGCAUCCUGGGAGAGCUGAGCGAGCCCCUGCGCGAGGAAAUCAUCAACUUCAACUGCCGCAAGCUGGUGGCCUCCAUGCCCCUGUUUGCCAACGCAGACCCCAACUUUGUGACGUCCAUGCUGACCAAGCUCAAGUUCGAGGUGUUCCAGCCCGGGGACUACAUCAUCCGGGAGGGCACCAUCGGCAAGAAGAUGUACUUCAUCCAGCACGGCGUGGUCAGCGUGCUCACCAAGGGCAACAAGGAGACCAAGCUGGCUGAUGGCUCCUACUUCGGAGAGAUCUGCCUGCUGACGCGCGGCCGGCGCACGGCCAGCGUGCGCGCCGACACCUACUGCCGCCUCUACUCCCUGUCCGUGGACAACUUCAACGAGGUUCUGGAGGAGUACCCCAUGAUGAGGAGAGCCUUUGAGACCGUGGCUCUGGACAGGCUGGACAGGAUUGGCAAGAAGAACUCCAUCCUACUGCAUAAAGUGCAGCACGACCUCAACUCGGGGGUGUUCAACUACCAGGAGAACGAGAUCAUCCAGCAGAUCGUGCAGCACGACCGGGAGAUGGCUCACUGUGCCCACAACGUGCAGGCCGCCGCCGCCGCCGCCUCCACUCCCACGCCGGUCAUCUGGACACCGCUGAUCCAGGCGCCGCUGCAGGCCGCCGCCGCCACCACCUCGGUGGCCAUCGCCCUGACCCACCACCCGCGCCUGCCCACGGCCAUAUUCCGGCCCCCCGUGUCCGUGCUGGGCUCCCUGGGCCAGCAGCCCAACCAGACCCCCAGGCAGCUGAAGAGAUUCCAGUCGCUCAUCCCGUCCGCCGGCCCCUCCGCCGUGGGCUCCCCGUCCAGCACCCCCUCCCAGCUGCACACGCCGGGCGCAGAGACCCCCUCGUCCUCGUCCUUCCACAUCCAGCAGCUCGCCGGCUUCUCGGCCGCCGCCGGCCUGGGCCAGUUCCAGGUGGGAUCCCCUCUGGGGGGCUCUGGCCAGCCGGGGCUGAGCAGCACCUCCUCGGUGGGGCUGAGCCAGCUGCAGAAUGCGCCCUCGGGGUCACCCUUAGGUGCAGCUCAGCCCCUGCAGCAGCAGCAGCAACAGCAGCAACAGCAGCAGCAGCAGCAGCAGCAACAGCAACAGCAACAGCAACAGCAACAGCCAGCCCUCUCCAGCGGUGGAUUUGGGCACUUCCAGCAAGCCACAGCCAGCUCCCCAUCGACAUCCCUCACCCAGCUCUCAUCAAACUCCCCCCCCAGUCUCCUGAACCAGUUCCAGCCCACCACGAGACCACUGCAGGGGGGACAGUCCCAGCAGCUCUCGGGCAGCGGGACCCUGGGGGGAAUGAACCACUUCCAACACCCUCCUUCUUCCAACUCUCCAUCCUCCAGCCUAAGCCAGCUGGCGCAGGCCUCGGGCGGGCCGUCCGCGGGGCUGUGCCAAACACAUCCAAGUGCUUUAGGAUCUCUGACUGGAACGAUAGCCCAGCUCCACCAAGAGCGGCCUCCCUUCGCCUCCGCGUCCUCGCUGCAGCAGCCCGGCGUCGCCUCUCCCUGUUACACCCCUUCUGGCCUUAGCCCUCCCAGUCAGAGCCCGGUGGCCAGCAGAACUUUCCAGAGCGGCCCGGCGGGCGCCUCGGGCUCUCACGGCUCGCUGCUGCUGCCGCAGCCCGCCAGCCCUCCGGCCCAGCCGCUGCCCGGGCGCGGCACGGCGCCACCGGGACGCCUCAACCAGGACAUCAAGCUGAUUUCUGCGUCCCAACCCUCUCUGCCCCAAGAGCUGGCUCAGACGCUGGGCCACCACAGCUCUCCUCAUUCCUCUAGAGAAUCUGUUUCCAGCUUCUCCCCUUUCCCUGGCGGCGGGAGCGGACUCCUGGGGAAGCCUUGCAGCUCCAUCCCCGGGCGGGUGACGCUGCCGCGCCAGAUGUCCUCAGGUUCUCUGCCUCACCCGCUGCUCUUCGGGGCCGCCCUGGCUGCGGGCGGGCGGAAAGAGUCCCUCGUGCUCACGGGGGAUCUGGAGCCCGUCAGGUCCAAACUGCCCUCCAAUUUGUGA